CGGCUUAGAGCUCUACACACCAGCCGGGGUUUCUGCAGCUCCGAGGCAGUAACCGGACCAUUGCUGAGCCCUAGUCAUGCAGCCCCAGUCAGUGCUUCACAGUGGCUACUUCCACCCAUUGUUGCGAAACUGGCAGGCAGCAGCCAGUACCUUUGAUGCCUCCAAUCUCAUCUACCCCAUCUUUGUCACGGACAUUCCUGAUGCUAUGCAACCAAUCGACAGCCUUCCUGGCAUUGCCAGGUAUGGUGUGAAUAAGCUGGAAGAGAUGCUUCGGCCCUUGGUAGCCAAAGGAUUACAGUGUGUCUUGAUCUUUGGGGUGCCCAGCAAGGUCACAAAGGAUGAGCGGGGCUCAGGAGCUGACACAGAAGACACCCCAGCCAUUCAAGCAAUUCAUCUGCUGCGGAAGGCUUUUCCCAGUCUCCUGGUAGCCUGUGAUGUGUGUCUGUGUCCGUAUACCUCCCACGGUCACUGUGGGCUCCUGAAAGAAGAUGGCUCAUUCCUGGCCGAGGACAGCAGCAGGAGGUUGGCAGAAGUUGCUCUAGCUUAUGCCAAGGCAGGCUGUCAGGUGGUGGCUCCAUCAGACAUGAUGGAUGGGCGAAUUGCUGCCAUCAAAGAGGCAUUAAUCACUCACGGGCUUGGCAACAAGGUAUCAGUGAUGAGCUACAGUGCCAAGUUUGCUUCUUGUUUCUACGGUCCUUUCCGGGAUGCAGCACAUUCUAGCCCAGCUUUCGGGGACCGACGAUGCUACCAAUUGCCUCCCGGGGCUCGGGGCCUGGCCCUUCGAGCUGUGGAUCGAGAUGUCCGAGAAGGGGCAGAUAUCCUGAUGGUCAAACCAGGGUUACCAUACUUGGACAUUGUGAGAGAAGUGAAGAACAAGCACUCUGUCCUGCCCCUUGCUGUGUAUCAUGUUUCUGGGGAGUUUGCCAUGCUGUGGCAUGGUGCCCGAGCCGGGGCCCUUGAUCUGAAGACUGCUGUUAUGGAGGCCAUGACAGCCUUUCGGAGAGCAGGUGCCGACAUCAUCAUCACCUACUAUACACCUCAGCUCCUACAGUGGCUAAAGGAGCCAUGAUAGGGAGUGCAAAAAAUUUUAAGGACUAGAACUUAUUUUAAAAUGAAGAAAAAAAAAGCUAAGCCAGAGGCCUUAGAGAAGUGAAAACCAGAGUGAAAGAUGAUUCCAAAUUGUACCCUUCUACCAUCUUCCUGUCCCCUGAGCCCAGGGCUCCUGACACCCACCCUCCUUCAUUGAUGGAAGCAAAUGGGAAGACUUGGUAAGCCCACAGUCUUGGAACUUCACAAUGGGGCCCUCAGCACCUUGGUGCUCCUAUUGACCAGACCCCCAUUACUCUUCCAACUAGCUCCAGACUGCUCACCCUGCCCCCUCACCUGGAUGCUCCAGAGGGCAGAGAAUAAGCUCCUCUCCUCUGAGUAUUAUUAUCACAGUUUCUCUUGGAAAAUCUCCAGACUUUAACUCCUUGAAUGUCCUGACAUGCUAAGAUGAAGGAGAAUCCUACCUUCAACUGGAAUCAUUUCAAGCUAACAAAAACCAUCCAGCAAUGAGUAGACAAGGAGGACUUGGAAGAAUGACUUUGGUAUAGCAGAAUCUCUGAGUGACAAUGGCAAAUGGGUACCAAAUGGGAAAGAAGAAAGCUUGCCGAUGGAAUGUAACAAGAAAGAGCACUCCCUGGACUUGGAGUCAGAAGACCCAGAUUUUUUACUUCCCCUCUCUGAACCUCAGUUUCCUCAUUUAUGAAAUGAGGAUCUUAAUACUUAUACUGCUUGCCUCAAAAGAUCUUUGUGACAAAAGCACUUUCUAAAUGCCAUAAAAAUGUGAAUCAUUGUUAUUACCAUUAUUAUCUCCAGGGCUGAAAUUCUCAACUCUAAAGUUAAGUUCUUGUUCUGUUGUUAUUGCUUCAUGUGAAGGGUACAUUCUGUGAUUCUCUUAUAAGCCAGGGCUGUUCUGUUGGGGGUGGGGGGAGGAGGCCUUACAAGGGCUAUUUGUUUUGUUUUAUCUGAGAAACCAAAGGGCUGUGGUGUGGGAGCUUGCUGGAGAGAGGUAAGAGUCAGGGUUCUAUCGGGGAUUUACCACCACAUUCCUCCACCCUGCUAGGUGGUAGGGUGCUAAAUGAACAAAACUUUCAAAGGUAUAGCUUCAUUUGCUCACUCCUGGCCCCUGGUUCGUUCUUUCUCUCUCUCUCCAACCCAACCCCCCAUCUCCCAGGGACAUAGAUUAGGGAAGGGACCCUUGGGUCCCUCAUCUACCCUUUGUCAGCUCUGGGGGCAGUGAGAGGGGAGGACUGAGACAACCUGUGGACUCUUUGUAUGUGUGCUCUUGUGCCCAAGUGCCUGUAUGGAUGUGGGAUGGGGGGAAAGAGUUGCUGGUGGCAUACAGUCCCCUACAAAGGGGUGUGUGAGACAUUUUUCCUUCUACAUUUAAGUGAAAAUAAAUGUAUCCUGCGACCCCACCUCCCCCCAAAA